GUUACAGGAUUAGCUUCACAUUCUUCAAAACAUGCUUAUCCACCAUUGACUAAUGCUAAACAUCGACGAAUAGCAUUACAAUAUAAAAUUAGUGAUUCAAUGACACAAAAAAGAUUAUUUCAACAACAUGGAAUCCGAUGGACUU